ACACAGCAGUGUUGCAAAGCUCUGAGCGCCAGCUCAGAGAGGAAGACACUGCUUGUAUUUGAGUGCCUGUGACUGCAGGCAGCUGAGAGCGGCGAAACCACACGCUGCUCCAGUCUUGGCUUCCAGCUCUGCAAGGUGUGGGCAAGGACUCCAGCAAGGCAGAGAGUGGAGAAACUGCUGCUGUUCAUUAUCUUUCCCGGUCACCUCAUUUGGAUGGGAGUUCAGUAGGAAUAUUUACUUGGGUACAGGGUGAAGAGCAUGGAAAGAUGAUCUGAAGUCAAGGAACUGUCUGAAAGUGCCUAAGCCUGAUAUUCUUAGCGAACAGCAGUGCUCAAAGGCGGAGGAGGAUACUAAAGCUAGGCACUCUCUGGAACCGAGCACCUAUCAAAGCUAAGACAGAAACUGUUUGGGACCUCUUGGCAUCACAGUCCUAGGAAGAACAGCAACAAAUUCAGGAGUACUAUGGCUUCAAAAGCAAAAUAAUAGCUGUUGCCAAACUGCCAGCAGCCACAUCUACUUUGAAACUGAGGUUGGGACACUGAUGGAAAACAUUCUGAAAAGAAACAACCUGUGCUGGCCAGGUCCUGGGAAAGCAGGUGGCCAAAAGAGGUCUUUCCCUCUUUGCUCCAUUAUGAUCUCUGGUUAAGUGUUCUUGUCCACGUGUGGAAGAAGCAGGAAAAGCCUCUGCAAAUUACUUCCCAGGUCUGUUGCCAAAAGCAAAGAAACCAUUUUGGAUAAGAGCGUGGGUUGAUUAACAAUCUUCUUGAAGAAUGUCUGGCCAGGACGCUGAGGACUUUGGAUCAGAAAACCUCUCAGACAAGUCUCGGAUGAUUGCUACCCUCCCGCCAUAUGACAUGGAUGACCAGCUCCUUCCCAGGGAGCCACGGAGUGCCUGGUGCUGCUUGGCAUGGACCCUGCUGGUAGUCACCAUGAACUCCCUGGUCUUUUUCAUGAAUUUGAUCCUGAUGUUCGUUAUCUUCACCAUUGUGCUACUUCCUACCAUUGUGGUGGUUUACUUUGGCUUCCAGUGCCACUCUCGGGUGCUGCACUCAGCUGCCCGCUACUGCAAAAGCAUCUUGGAUGACAACAGCUCUUCUGCCCUCAUUAUCCUUGGCUUCGUCAUCAUGUCCCCUCUCAUUGUGGUGGCCAUGGCUAUCUACUGCAGCCUGGCAAGGCGUCUCCGUCUCUUCAUGUGCUUCCAGCCGUACAGCAGGGCCGUGUACAAGGGGGUGAAGUGGCGCUGGUACGAGGAGGGAGGCCUGUGCAGCUGUGCCAAGGGCUGGAACACUCAAGUCAAGGCCUGGGUAUGAGUUUCCAGCACCAGAAGACCUGCCCUAGCCGGCACCCUCUUCUCCCUGCCCUGUCCCUCCCCACCAUCGCCUCCCAGAAUCACCAUCCUGAGGGCUCUGCAGAUGAAGGCUGCGUAGUACCUAGAUGCGAGAAGAAGAGAGAUCCAUUAACGAGCCAUCUCCUACAGCUUUGUAAGUGGGUAGGAUUCUGCCCAUGAUGAGAGAAAUACAGAAAACACAAGUCCUUGAUGGUAAAGACAACGUUGAGCUCUGAAAAGAACAGGGACUCCUCCCAGUGCCUGCUGCAUUAAGAGGCCAGCACUGUUUCCAGUCUUGACAGCAUGUUCUGCCUCACAUGGGACAUAGAGUACAGGUUUAUAGGAUUAAACAGUGGUGGGAGCGGCUGCUGAUUUUGCUACCUGCCUCAGAGAGGUCUCUUUGGGAAAGGCAACCUUUGGUGAAACAUCCAGCCAAGAGGAAGCAACUGUGGUUCUCCCAAGUGUUGGACUGCCAAUGUUUCUAACCUCUUGCAAAGGUGUCUGUAGGUCACUGCCUCUGUGAUUUUGGGGAUCCACCGCUUUCCUACACGUCAGAUAUCCUUCCCCCACUUAGCAAUCCUUCUUUCCCAUAGUCUCUAGUAGUGCUUGUCCUCCUUUCACUGUUCCUGAGUCAGGUCACUGGGUUGGCUGUGGAAACAAAUGCUGAUCUUUGGGUCUCUUCCCUGACAGCUGCUGAUCUGAAAUAUGCUUGUCUGGUAACGGCUGAUGGUUAUUAAUCAGCAAAUAGCUCCUUGUCCUUUAUGCUGCGGUCAGGUGGUUUUGUCUGGGGCUAAAUACGGCUCAGGUCCAGUUUUAGAAUUCCUGGCAGGAGGAGCUGAAGAAUCACGGUGGCUGCUGAGCACUACAAGUUCUCCCAGGUCUGGGCUAAGAGCUUAGGCCUGUGAGGAACAGUGUAUAAUGCCUUGUUUUGAGGGUCAGAGAUACCUAGAUUUAGGUUUAGUGCUGCAGUUUGAGAGGAAAACUGGAAAGGGUCAAACUGACUGUUGAAUGCUACAACUGAGUGAAAAGCACAGUGUAUGUGAGAUGGUAUGGCAGGUAGGGAAAAGCAUGGCAGCUUGAUGCAUGAUUCUCUCCUUUCAAAUCGCUGUGGGGCUCUAAUGUUCAGUUAGUGGGGUCUGUGUGCUACUGAUCACUGCAAGCUGUGUACUCCCACUGGCUGUUUUUCCCCUGUCUCCCAAAUAUAACCAUUUUAAGUGUUAUGUAUAAAUAAAGAUCAUGCCAAAUCUC